CGCUCUAGUUGGCCAAGAAUGAUGACAAACAUUCCUAUUUGGGUAAAAGAGUAUCGAAAUCAAAUAUGCCCAUGGCGUAUUAUCAUGAUGUAUUAUCAUUGCCGUAGAUAUGUGGAUUCUGUGUAUCGAUUUUCUUGCCUCUUCAAUUUACUGUACACACACAAACUACAAUAACUAUAACGUUCGCCAAAAUUUCGGCCGAUCUAUCCCGCUCACCAAAUUGAAUCGAUUUGGCUUGGGCGUGAGUAGCAGACUAUACUGCACACAACUGAUCGACAAAGUAACGUUGUACAGUCUUACAGGCGUACAGUACAACAGCGAGAAAAAAAAAAAGAGUAAAUAAAUAAUCGAUAGACCUCUCGAGGCUUAGAACUGUAUUUGCAAUGUAUUACCAAAUGUUAUUUUCUUUUGAAUUUUGGCUCGGCUGUUGAAGUUGUCACGUUCCCCAGAGGCGCAACCUGCAGUCGGCUUUGGAGUUUUUCCGGGCACGUAAUCUCUUCUUUUCAGGCAUUAUUUUUCAUUGAUAAUAUCUCCUUUAGCUCUGUAAAAUAUACGAACUUGAGUGAAGAAUAAUGAAAGCCUCGUUGAUCGAUUAGUUGUUGGCCCCAUCAGAAUUGCAAAGUGUUUCGGACGUUGAGCAAAUUGAGUUCUGUUUAGAUAAUAAUAACUGACGCGAAGCUUGCACGCGAUACUCCCACCACCAAGCAUAAUUGAGUUUCGGAAAUUGAUCCUCAUCCGUAGCAAUGCUUGCAUGCUUAUUCUAAAGCUGGCCAUGACAACGCCAAAUAUAAACGCCAAAGGCCCAAAUCAAGGAUUCUUUUUCCUUUCACUUAGUGCUCUGCUGCCUUGCGCACAGUAAGCCGUUCCUAAAGACAUGGUGACUUUUACGAAGGGAAACAGAGACGCCAAAUUCCGCCGCUUGAAGUCACUGCUGGAGGGGUGGGAGACAUGGCUGCGUGAGGGGAAUAGUGACUUGUUAAGAAAAAAAAAAUGCCCGGGCCUUUGAACGCAAACGGUAGGGCUCGUAUCAUCCAUACCUGACAGAGGCGCUGUUGGUCGUCAGUCGUCGAAGAGAGUGGAAGAUAUAAACACCAGCGGAAGCAGUAAUCAAUUUUGAUCUUGGCGGGCAAGUUUGGCGUUAUUAAAAUACUGUUCGUUUAAUUAUCCGCUGUAGAUAUACCCGACGUGAGACAAAGAGGCUGAUGGUGUGAAAAUGCUUGUGAUACUUUAGCCGUUUGCUUGUGUUUUGAUGCCACUCGGGACUUGGCAGCUUCCGUCGACUCAUCAAUCCUGCGAUGGAUCACUGCAAUGAUUUCGACACUGGGGAUCGCACUUCACCGGAUGCGUUCACACUCGCCGCUCGGGUCCAAUUCCAAAGUGUCAGCAACAUCCAGAUCAUCAUCAAUGAGCAUUUGGGAGCAGUCACCAAGGCGCAGAAGGUGUUCCAUGCCUUUGCAACGAACACUCAAGAAGAACACACGAACCAUGGUCUCACUGUCAGUGUUGUAGGGAAUACGAGAUUGCCAGGACCUGUCCAGAUAUGGAGCCAGGAAUACAGUAGGCUCAUGAGAGCAGAUGAUGACACAGUUUGGAUGGAUAAGGGUGGGUUGGAUCCAAGUUCGCAAAGUUCUCUUGAAGGUUUACUGGAGCGAGAAGUCUCAGACUGCAUGCUUGUGCCGAUUAAGAGACCUGACAAUCACCAACUCUUCCUGGUUGUGGCCCUCGUUGACAAACAAGAAGGACUUGCUUUUGGUUCUCUAGAUCUUCAGGCUGUGCACCAGUGCUUUCAGCUAGUGUUGGGGACGCUGGUUGGAGCCGUCGAGUUGGAGGAAGAAAGGCGACUGCGAGAACAAUGCCAAUCACUGCUGGCGGUGGCUAGAAAUCUCUUCUCACACUUGGACGAUGUGGAGCUACUGCUAAAGGAGAUUAUGAGCGAGGCUCGCCACCUGACCAAAGCCGAGCGCUGCUCGCUGUUUUUGCUGGACAAGCAGCACAAAUGCCUAGUGGCAAAGGUCUUUGAUGGUACGUCAUCCGGUGUUGGACAAUGGGGUACGACCGACGGGCGCCAGCUCGGUAUUCCCGCUGAUCAAGGCAUCGCCGGUCACGUGGCGAUCACGGGUCAGUUGUUGAACAUUUCGGACGCCUACUCCCACCCCCUUUUCUACCAGGAUGUCGAUAAGACCACGGGAUUCAAAACGAGGAACAUAUUGUGUUUCCCCAUCAAAGACGGCCAAGACGUGCUGGGAGUAGCCGAGCUGUGCAACAAAACGAGUGCUCCAUGUUUUACGCGGGCCGAUGAGGAACUGGCCAUGUCCUUUUCUAUUUACUGCGGCAUAUCCCUCGUUCAUGGUCUCAUGUACAAAAAAGUGCGCGACGCACAGCAUCGCAGUCACCUCAGCAACGAGCUAAUGAUGUAUCACAUGAAGGUCUCGAAUGAAGAAACGCUCAAACUGCUGCAAGAGGAAUCGAUGAAUAUGCAAAACAUUGACAUCAACUUUUGUGAGUUUCGAUUCGUGCCACGGACAAUGGAAGAGCUUAAAACAUCAGCAGCCGUUGUGGCGGUGUUUCACGAUCUAGGCCUCAAGGAGCGCUGGUCGAUAAAUCAGGAAACGCUCAGCAGGUUUGUCUUGAUGGUGCGAAAAGGCUACCGGGAUCCACCCUAUCACAACUGGAUGCACGCCUUUUCCGUGUUUCACUUUAGCUACAUCCUCAUCAAACGACUCCGUCUAGUUCAGCAAAACUAUUUGACGGAUUUGGAAGCUUUGGCCCUUUUGGUGUCGAGUUUAUGUCAUGAUGUUGACCACCGCGGCACUACCAACUCGUUCCAGCUGGCCUCCAACUCAGUUCUAGCUGCCCUCUACAGUUCUGAAGGAUCUGUUAUGGAGCGGCACCAUUUUGCCCAGACCAUGUGCAUUUUGAAUACGGAAGGUUGCAACAUCUUCGAAAACUUGUCAUCCAAAGACUACACACGAUGUUUAGAUUUGAUGCAAGACAUAAUACUUGCUACUGAUCUAGCGCAUCACCUACGCAUAUUCAGGAAAUUGAAGGAUCUCGCAAUUUCGGGAUUCGACAAAAGUCGAGCCGAGCACCAUCAAUUACUGUUGUUCUUGAUGAUGACAGCUGCAGAUCUUUCAGAUCAAACAAAAGAUUGGAAGAGUUCAAGGAACGCUGCCCUUCUCGUAUAUCGCGAGUUUUUCUCGCAAGGAGAUUUAGAAAAAGCCAUGGGGAAUCGGCCCGUUGAAAUGAUGGAUCGGGACAAAGCUUGUAUCCCCACUCUGCAAAUCCAGUUCAUCGAUGACGUCGCCCUCCCUGUGUACACACUGCUUGCUCACCUAUUCCCGGAGCUGAAUGUGCUCGUUGAAACGGUGAGUAGCAAUCGCGAACGGUGGGUAACGCUGGAAGACGGCCACGUUGUUUCGCCCAUGGAAAUAUUGACUAACGACAUUGAUUGAGUUCUCGCCGAGACAAAUAACGUCAUUCUAGUCCUUAAUUCAAUCACACACUGAACUCUCACCCUUCUAUUUCGUCUGAAUUUUUCAGAAAUGCUUCACCCGUACUUUUUUUUGUUUUAUUUUCACAUGAUUUGAGUGCAAAUGCGUGUGCGUGUGUGGUAUAGAUUCGUCUGUGGAAAUUUGGACGUAUUUGUACGAUUGACCAACCAAAGAGAUAAUUUCUAAAACGAACUUUAUCAGCACUGGUUGACGUUGUCAAACCAACACUGUUUUGUUUUUUCUUUCCCAACAACCGCAACCGGUGCUUGUGCCAAUAAGGAGCUUAAAUACCUCUACUUUCUUUUUUCUCUUGUUCCGUUCUUGAAAAUAAUCUGAAAAAAAUAUUUAGCCGUACGUAUGUUGUUAGUCAGCACAGACCUCCAGAAACCCCCUCGUUUCUCAUCCUUCGAUCUAUUUUUUAUUUUUCGUGUUUUCAUUUAAUCUUUGUCUCAUGUACUUUAAUACUAUAUUAUUCUCAGUUAACCGAUGGAUUUAUCAAAAGUUAAUAAAUGUCAGUAAGUAUACAAAAAAA